GGGCUGAGGAACUGGUCCUCUAUCCCAAUUUACUUUCCUUUUAUGUUCUCUCACAGAUAGGAGACCCUAGAGAAGCUCAAGGACCGGAGGAAGCAGCCCAGGGCGAGAGGGCGGAAAGAUGGGGAGUGGAAUCAGUGCUGAGGACAAAGAGCUGGCCAAGAGGUCCAAGGAGCUCGAGAAGAAGCUGCAGGAGGACGCUGACCAGGAAGCCAAGACUGUCAAGCUGCUGCUGCUGGGUGCUGGGGAGUCAGGAAAGAGCACUAUCGUCAAGCAGAUGAAGAUCAUUCACCAGGACGGCUACUCGCCGGAAGAAUGCCUGGAGUACAAGUCCAUCAUCCACGGCAACGUGCUGCAGUCCAUCCUGGCGAUCGUCCGGGCCAUGUCCACGCUGGGCAUCGACUACGCCCAGAAAGAAAGGCCAGAUGACGGGCGAAAGCUCAACAACCUGGCUGACUCCAUUGAGGAGGGCACCAUGCCUCCCGAGCUGGUGGGCGUCAUCAGGAAGCUGUGGCAGGAUGGUGGGGUGCAAGCCUGCUUCGACAGGGCCGCGGAGUACCAGCUCAACGACUCGGCAUCCUACUACCUGAACCAAUUAGACCGGAUUACGGCCCCUGACUAUGUCCCUAAUGAGCAAGAUGUGCUACGAUCCAGAGUCAAGACCACAGGCAUCAUUGAGACCAAGUUUUCCGUCAAAGACUUGAACUUCAGGAUGUUUGAUGUGGGAGGGCAGAGAUCAGAGAGGAAGAAGUGGAUCCACUGCUUCGAGGGAGUCACCUGCAUCAUCUUCUGUGCAGCCCUCAGUGCCUAUGACAUGGUGCUGGUAGAAGAUGACGAAGCGAAUCGCAUGCAUGAGUCGCUGCACCUGUUCAACAGCAUUUGCAACCACAAGUUCUUUGCGGCCACUUCCAUUGUCCUCUUUCUCAACAAGAAGGACCUCUUUGGGGAAAAAAUCAAGAAAGUCCAUCUCAGCAUUUGUUUUCCAGAGUACGAUGGAAACAACUCUUAUGAGGAUGCAGGGAAUUAUAUCAAGAGUCAGUUCCUUGACCUCAACAUGCGAAAAGAUGUCAAAGAAAUCUAUAGUCACAUGACCUGUGCCACAGACACACAAAAUGUCAAAUUUGUAUUUGACGCAGUUACAGAUAUUAUCAUCAAAGAAAACCUCAAGAACUGCGGGCUCUUCUGAUAGUCAUCAUUUCCCAAGGAUACCUUCUACAAACAGGCUUGGAUCUGGGUGAUUUCAGGCAGAAAAUGACAGGUCAUGAUACCAGGACAUGGGGAAUGGCUGCAUUCUCCCUUGGAGAUAAGGGAAGCGUGACUGGGACUGUCUCUCACAUUCCUUUCAAAGCAGGGCGGCUAGUGCAGUUUAAAGAGCCCGAGGCCAGGAGCCAGGAGACUCAGGUUCCAGUACUGGUUCUGCAACUAACUACAAAAUGUAAAUAUUUCAUUUCUCUGAGCCUUGAGACCGUCACCCAUAAAAUGAGGAUAAUUUCUCUACCACUCACAGGGCUGUUCUGGUGAUCACAAAUAAAAUGGAAGGGAAGGCAAGGAAAGGCUGUGUGGUUAGAGUCACAUAAAGAAACCCUAUUAAAAGCUGCCAUUUAUGAAAUUCAACACCAGGUUAUUAGAUGAACUAUCCCAAGCAAAACAGCAAAAAACAAUCAACAACAAAACCUCAAUAAGCCCACCACCCCUUUUUACUAACAGGCCUCUAUGUGCCUUGGCUCAGAGAUCUGAUCACUGAUUAGGAGAGGGAGUUAGCUUCUAAGGCACAAAUAUAUAUAUAAACGAUGAUCUUUAUUAAGCAUAGACUAUCUCUCUGCCCCCAAGCUGCCAAAAAGACCGAGUCUCCUUUAUAAGUAGCUAUUUACAAGUCACUUUCUGAAUAAACUUGGAGGACGUCAACGCAUUCCCACUUGGGAGUAUCAACGAUUCUAUUGCUGCUACUUCUCGAUCAUAGAAUUUAGACCAAGUGAGCAAUCCUAAAAUUCUCAUUUCAACGGCUACGUGUUUCAGAACAAAAAAGGCAGCUGCUCUUGCUUCAGGCAAUAAAUAUCUUUGCAGUUGGGUGGGUCCCUGUGCCGCCUGGCUGAAAACAUCUUCCCAAGCCAACCAGUACUCAAUUAUUCCUUUGAACUCCUCGGAGGGAAAAUGAAGCUUGCAUUUAUCUUGACAGGAGGUGGUGAAGUAUAAAUUUAGCAUUUUCACAACUACUAGUGAGGAAGACUCUUGGCAUCAGGGUUUAGUGCAUAAAAGAAUGUGCCAAGUAAGAUGAAAAUACGCUCCUUGCCAGAGACACACACAUUCACACUUAGGCUGCUACUAGCAAUGUUGAUGCUAGAGAGCCAUACAAGCUUGAAAUACACAGAAGAAACGUGCAGCUGUUAAAACUGGAUUCACUGAAUAGUCUGAGUCCUUGAAAAGAAACCAACUUCGGAGAACUACCAGAGAAUUAAGGUAAACUACUCUGCCUGUCGAUUUAAAAAGUUAAGCCAAAGAAAAACCUGGGUAAGACUUCCUGUAUCCAAGAGCUGUUCAGGGACUUUUCUAAAUGGCUCGCUCCGACUAUGAUUUACUUGUUUGCUUUAAUUCUACACACAGGGCUUCUGAGUUUUUGUUUUGUUUUUGGUAUAUGGAUCCCUCUGGCAGUGUAAUGAAACCUAUGGGCCCUUCUCAGAAUAUUUUAAAAGGCAUAAAAUAAAUUCAGACAAUUGCAAAGAAAACCAACAUACUGAAUACAGUUCUCUUUGCAGCGCUGAAGCUCCAGGUUAGAGUCUUUGAUACAGCUAUGACCUUGUCUACACAGGCCUCAAAUGUAAAUUUAUCCCAUUUAAUACAUCUUCAAAUAGGGACCC